AUGGUGGAGGAAGCAGAGCCCGGAGCUGGCAGAAGGAUGAACCGGUGGUUUCUCCUCAUUCUUGCCCUUGCUGAUUUCCAGCCCACCCAUGCCGGAGAUGCUACCUGCAAGGGAGCCUGUGGAAGACGUCCGCUGGCGGUCAGUCAGUACUUGAGGAAGGUCAUGAGUGGCACCGAUGUCCUGCCAGGAACAUGGCCCUGGCAAGUCAGCUUCCAGUACCCAAGCCAAGCUGGGCACUGGGUCCAUUUCUGCGGAGGUUCGCUCAUCAGCUCUCGAUGGGUCCUCAGCGCAGCCCACUGCUUGAAGAUCAAGACGUUGAUAAAAGUCUUUAAGGUGGUGGUUGGCAUCACCAAGCUCCCACAGACUGGUCCCGAUGCCCAGCAGCGCUGGAUCAAGAGGGUGGUGGACUACAAACUCUAUGAGGACGACGAGUCGCUUCGCUACGGCCUCUCUGUGGUGGAGCUGGUGGAGCCGGUCCGCUGCAGCGACUACGUCCAGCCGGCCUGUUUGCCUGACGACAGCGUGGUACUAUCGAUGCUAACUCAUUGCUAUAUCAGUGGCUGGGGCGACAUGGGUGAGGAAAGGCAUAAAAUAUCUGGCAUCCUGCAAGAAUCAAAGGUGAAACUCCUUCCCCUACAGACCUGCGGCAGCAAGAGCUGGUGGAAGCGGAAGGUGGCCGAUGAGAUCCUGUGUGCUGGAUACGAGGAGGAAGGAGGCGACCACCCCUGCGAGACCGACGUUGGUGCCCCACUCAUGUGCCGGGAAGAAAGAUCCGAGCGCUACUGGGUGAUUGGCGUCGCCAGCUUGGGGGUGCCAGUCUGCGGCCAGGUGAAGCAGCCUGGCAUUUAUGUCUCCACGCAGCACUACCUCCACUGGAUUGAAAGGACCACCAUGGAAAGCCUGUCUGCACCCAGCCGCCAACCGCUCCUGGCACAGAGACAGGCACCAGAUGCGACCACACCCAGCACAAAGCAGGACUGUAGGCCUUUGCAAGCGGCUCCCGGCACCAGGCCCACCCGGCAGGGUCCUCCACCACCGCCUGGGCAGCUGAGACCCACAAGGUGGCACCCUGAGAGGGGAAGGAUCCCAGGCCAGGCCAGGCCUAGUGCCAAGCCGAACCAGGGGGGAAUGCCUCCAGGCUAUGGGGAUUUUUAUAGCUGGGAUCAGGGGUACAUCAACCCCAGGCCUCAAGCGCAGCCACCAGUUCUGCUGCCAGGGCAGCUGCCACCCUGA